AUGGAAACCUUCGUUUUAAUCGACCCGUUGUUACCCACGGGCGCGUUCGCGCACUCGCUCGGGCUCGAGCCCGCGCGAAUCGCGCGGGCGGUCGGGACGCUGGACGAGACGUCUGUCGAAGCUUCGCGUGCGGUCGAGACGUACGCGCGCGAGUGCGCGCAGAGCGCGAUCGACGCUCAACUCCCGUUCGCGCUCGCCGCGCGCGCGUUCGCGGUGCGAGCGAACGAAAAACACGCGCGCGAGGAGGACGACGACGAGACGACGCGCGCGUGGCGCGCGGCGAACGCUGAGUGCGGCGCACUAUGCGCGUCGAACGCCGUGAAUCGACGCGCAAGCGCGAGCACGGGCGCGGCUUUAUUACGAGCGUCCAUCGUGGCGUUCGGUGAGGAGCGAAGUUGGUAUUUGAGGGCGAUUAAAAGAACGCUGCGACGACCGCCGCCGCUCGGCCUGGGCGAGGCGCACCACGCGUGCGUCUUCGGCGCCGUGAGCGCGAUCGCGAAUUUAGACGCCGAGGCGUGCGCACGGGCGUACGUGUACUGCAUCAUGCGAGACGUGUGCUCGGCGGCGACGCGAUUGAACGCGAGCGGGCCUUUGGAAACCGCGGCGGCGCUGCGCCGGUGCGUCGACGACGCCGAGGCGGCGUGCGCCGUCGCCGUCGCCGAUUUCAACGCCGCCACCGCGCGCACGGCGACAUCCACCGUCGUCGACGACGGGUGCACCAUCAUCCAUCAUCUCCGUCGCGCGCCCGCGACGUCGGCGCUGAUUUACGACGUCGUCCAGGGCGCGCACGACCGCGCGCGCGCGCGCCUCUUCAACUCCUGA